ACUGACUGUGCCUGGCCUGCUGCAUAUAGGCAGAGUAUAUAAAUCCAGGCUUGUACCUGCCAGGCUUCCGUAACUCUCAGCUCCCCCCUCCUCCCCAUCUGCAGCAGGCUGCUGGAGACUGAGAAUAGAAAUCACUCUGCUGCAGGCAGCGGCUGUGUGAGCAGCGAUCGGGAGGUUGCCUCUGUGAAAAUCUGACAGCAGUUCCCUCCACCCAGCCCAUCCUCCUCUACUUGGUAACAAAAGCCCCGCAGCAUGGAAAGUCGCACUGGCAUCCAUACAUGCUGACAGGCAUAGGGUCUCUGUAUCUCAGCCAUGGACUAUGUAACAAUGCAGCAGGGCUGAUUUUUGGCAUAGUACCAGUCCCUGGUAGGAAAGUGCAAUUUUAUUAUAUUUUUUACAUUUUUUUUUUUUUUUUGAUAAAAAAAAUAUAUAUUUUUAUUAAAUCAACACAAAAGGACUUUUGCAAACCCUAAAUUAUGGCUGCAGUAGAAGCUGGAACGACCAUAACCAGCCGCCUGAAGAACCUGCUCCGGUCUCCUUCUAUAAAGCUGAGAAGACACAAGCCUGGAGCAAGGAAAGAAGAUAUUGGCAGCAAGGUGACAUUGGAGAAGGUCCUGGGUAUCACAGUAUCAGCUGGUAGAGGAUUCUCAUGUGACCCAAAGACUGGCCUUGUUGCAUAUCCGGCCGGGUGUGUCGUAGUGUUAUUAAAUCCCAGGAAGAACAAACAGCACCAUAUUCUGAACAGUUCCAGAAAGACCAUCACUGCACUUGCGUUUUCUCCAGAUGGAAAGUUCUUGGUCACAGGAGAGAGCGGGCACAUGCCAGCAGUGCGGGUCUGGGACGUGGCUGAGCGUACACAAGUCGCAGAACUCCAGGAGCACAAAUACGGGGUGGCCUGUGUGUCCUUCUCUCCAAGCUCCAAGUACAUUGUAUCGGUCGGGUAUCAGCAUGACAUGAUUGUCAAUGUGUGGUCAUGGAAGAAAAACGUUGUGGUGGCAGCAAACAAGGUUUCUAGUAAAGUGACCGCAGUCUCGUUCUCAGAAGACAGCAGUUACUUUGUCACAGCUGGGAACAGACAUGUCAAGUUCUGGUACUUGGAUGAGGCAAAGUCAUCGAAGGUGAAUUCUACAAUUCCACUCCUGGGGCGCUCUGGUCUGUUGGGAGAACUGAGGAACAAUUUCUUCACAGAUGUUUCAUGUGGGAAAGGCAAGAAGGCGAGCAGUACUUUCUGCAUCACAUCCUCAGGCCUCCUGUGCGAAUUCAAUGACCGGCGACUGCUAGACAAAUGGGUGGAGCUCAGGACCACCAUGGCCAGCUGCAUCAUUGUGAAUCAGGACUAUAUUUUCUGUGGUUGUGCUGAUGGCACCGUGCGGAUCUUCAACCCAUAUAACUUGCACUUUCUCAACACCAUGCCAAAGCCACACAGCCUUGGAGUGGACAUCGCCACGGUCACAGAAGCUAGCCGCCUGUUCUCCAGUGCUGCAAAUGCCAAGUACCCAGACACUGUUGGAAUGACAUUUGACCACACCAACCAAUGGCUGUCUUGUGUGUACAAUGACCACAGUCUGUACGUAUGGGAUAUUAAAGACCUGAAGAAAGUGGGGAAAGUGUACUCUGCGCUGUACCAUUCUUCAUGUGUAUGGAGCAUUGAGGUGUACCCAGAGAUGAAGGAUGGCAACCAGGCCUGCCUUCCCCCCAACUCUUUCAUAACGUGUUCCUCUGACAGCACCAUCCGUCUCUGGAACAUGGAGACUUCCAACAUCCAUGGCACCGCCCUGCACCGCAACAUCCUCAGCAGUGACCUGAUGAAAAUCCUGCUGGUUGACAGCAGUAAUACACAGGCUUUGCUGGACACAGACUGUAUCUCUGCUGGACUCGGAGAUAAAGUGGAUUCUCAGACACUAGACACCAAGAUUGGCAUUCGCUCCGUGUGUGUGAGCCCUAGUGGACAGCACCUGGCCUCAGGAGACCGAAUGGGUACACUCAGGGUCCAUGAACUACAGUCUCUCUCAGAGCUCUUGAAAGUAGAAGCUCAUGACUCGGAGAUCCUCUGCCUGGAGUACUCCAAGCCAGAGAUGGGAAUGAACCUCUUGGCUUCUGCUAGCCGCGACAGACUAAUCCAUGUAUUAGAUGCUUCUAAGAAUUACAGCCUUCAGCAAACCUUAGAUGACCAUUCUUCGUCCAUCACCGCUGUAAAAUUUGCUGCUAAUGCUGGGAAGAUGCGAAUGAUCAGCUGCGGAGCAGAUAAAAGCAUUUACUUCCGUACUGCCGAGCAGACCGGAGAUGGGUCUAUUAAUUUUAAACGCACCCACCACAUCGUACGUAAAACCACCUUAUAUGACAUGGAUGUGGAUCCCAGUCUGAAAUAUGCAGCCAUUGGGUGUCAGGACCGAAAUAUCAGGAUAUUUAACAUCAGCAGUGGAAAGCAGAAGAAGCUGUACAAGGGGUCACAGAGCGAAGACGGGACACUUAUUAAAGUUCAAACUGACCCAUCUGGACUCUACAUUGCUACCAGUUGUUCAGACAAAAACUUGUCUAUCUUUGACUUCUAUACUGGGGAAUGUGUGGCCACCAUGUUUGGACAUUCAGAGAUUGUAACAGGAAUGAAAUUCACUAAUGACUGCAAGCACCUUAUAUCAGUGUCUGGUGACAGCUGUGUUUUCAUCUGGCGUCUCAGCUCAGAGAUGACUAUCCGUAUGCGCCAAAGACUGGCUGAAAUGAAGCAGCGUGGGAAGGUGGUGGAGAAAUACACACCGCACAAGACGACAAGUGCAAGACGAGAGACCAUUGCUGUAAUGUGUCCAGUUCCGGUGCUGUCUUCUGAUAGUGACAAAGAAGGGAUUGAUGAAGGGAGUGAUGAAGAGAUGAAUAGCUCUGAGAAGCCAACUACUAUAACAAACUCAUUUGGUAGAAGUGGAUCUUACUGGGAGAUGAAAAGGGGGAAGGAGACAGCAGUUCCACAGCGCUCGGACUCUCUUGAUAAGACACCCAGACAGCGCGUUCGUUGGUCUCAGCCUGCUGGAAACAUCGACAUGAUGGUCAAGUCCAUGCUUGAUCUCCGCCAGCUAGAUUGUUUCUCACCAAGUGAUGACCUUGUAGGACAUCUAGGUCUGGAGGAGCAGGAAGCAAACUUUGUAGCUUCCAGUGUGCCAGCUGACAUGGACCCAUUUGUUCCCAUAAACAGCCAUGCUCGGCCACGGGUGAUUCGGCUCAUGUCCUGUGAGGAAGGUGUCUUUAAACAGGAGUUAGAUACUCCAGAAGGCAAAGACUGUGUCAUCUACCCUGAGGCUGAGGAGGUGCAGGCUCUAGAUUUAUGCAGUGAGUUUGAGGUGAAAGGCUUGCCCCACGGUGGCUACCAUGAUAUGCAAGAAAAGCACAGCCCAGACAGCGCCUGUUCUGUGGAUUACAGCAGCAGUCGCCUGUCCAGCCCGGAGCACCCAAAUGAAGAUUCGGAAAGCACGGAGCCCCUGAGUGUAGAUGGGAACUCGUCCGAUCUAGAAGAGCAAGCAGAGGUUGAGGACCUGGACACGCCCUGCCUGGUUCUAGAUGGUGAUAUCCCACAGACACCUGAUCAGGAAAUGUUCCUCAAACAGCACUUUGGAAAUCUGUCCACGAAUGGCCCAGUGGGACCAGUCCUGACCUCAGAGAGAAGUGAAUGUGCAAGCAUAUCCUCUCGGUUCUUAGCGCUGACACAGACGCAGGCUUUCAGCAGGAAGUGGCCUGUUCCCAGCACUAUGGAAAUGUGGGAUCAAGAGGUCAACCUGGACAGCGAUGAUCAGAACACUUUUAUAUAUCCCACACAAACAAAUGAAUCUGAGUCUACAAUAAAAGAAAGUGCCAGCCCUCUAAAACCAGCCUAUCGAAAGAAGAAGCAGGCAGUGGAAAUAAAGAUGGGGAAAAUGGAUCCAUUUCUUUCCUCUGUUUCCAGCAUGAGGAAAACCCAGUCUGUCCAUGAUCUUGCACAGGAAGUCAAAAUGCGUCCACAAGCUCAAACUGCAGCAGAAAAGGAACAGAAGGCCAUACACCGCCGGACUUUACCAGCCACACUAACAAAAAAUGAAUGUUCACCAGUGCUUACCCAGAACAAGGAUGUAAAACCACCUAAGGGCAGGUCCUAUAUGAACCCAACAACUAGCUCCAUGGCCAAGAUCUCACGGAGUGUCUCUGUUGGGGACAAUUUGAACCUUGGUGAGGCUCAGGAGACAUCCAUUGGUUCUGAUGUUAAGAGCAAUUUUUGUAAUCCUGAACUGGGAACUGUUACUUUAGAUGCAGAAAAGAGCCAUAUAGUAGUGAAGGACAUUGUCAAACCCCUUAUGCAGCCUAUCGCAAACUGCUCUUCACCAAAGACUUUUCCGUCAAAGAACCGGGCACAUUUAACUUUAGACAUUGCAAAACCAUUGCCUGACCGACCUAUGCUUUCUUUUGGUAAAAGUAGAAACCCAUUUGAAAUUGAAUCACCAAGGUCACCUGGAUCCAGCUGGAAACCUAAACUAUCUUUCACAGACCUAACCUGCAGGAGUGACAGUCGAGCUUCAGAGGACAUUGCCUAUACUAAACAGCAUCCUGAAGAUCCUCUUGCAACAAACCCUAAACUGAAUGAACUUGAACACAGAGUGGACUUUGGUUCAGAAAGCUUAAAGCCUAUUCCCAGAGGGAGAGCCUCUACUAUUGGCCACACUCCAGAUCAUAAUCCAGGACUCUGUCCUGUUGAAACAAUUAGACCUAGGUCUCCCUCCCUCAAUGCAGCAUCAUCACUGGACUCAGGUGGGCACAGAGGUCCACCCUUGGUGGUAUCUCCAUUUAAGUCUCCCAUUUGUGUGAGUGACCUCGCAAUUCCAUCUCACCUCUCUCCGUCCAGUCUCUGGCCUUUCUCGUCUUGUUCACACCUGUCUCGUUUUAUAAGCCACUCUCAGAAUGUGCAACCAGUCAGCGUUGAGCAGUGUGAAUUGAUUGCCUCAGAGUUACAGGACAGCCUACGACGAGCAUUGAGUCUCUACCGAUCGGUGACUGCAGUUGGCCCAGCAACAAGCAUGGAUCACUGUAAGAUAGCAGACCGUCUGACAGAAACGUUUGGCAUGGUGAAAAGGGAGCUGGAUUCCUUAAAAGAUGGAGAGUGUGAUGCAGGGAUGGGGGAAGAUUUGUCUCCACGAGGGGUAGAUGACAGUAGUAAUCUCGAACUUCCAGAGGAUGGUGACUCUUCAACAGUUCAUGGGUCCCAGCAACUGGGUGAUGACAAGACUCUUGCUCUUCUGCAGCAAUACUCUGAACUUUUACUACAAGCAGUGGAAAAGAGGAUGGAUAAGAAACUCUAAACAUUCAAUGCAGGGUGUGGACUGCAACGUUUUUUAUUGUUUGGACUGUUUUUCACUGCAAGCCAAAAAGUUUAAACAUUAAAAUAAAUCUAGUGUAAUUGGUAAUUUAAAGCCUCUACACCAGUAACAGUGGACACUGUUUUUUGUUACGAGGAUCUCCCCAGAUUAGCAGCACUUGUCUCUCAAAAUGAUCCUAUUGUGGCACUGAACCAAUGGCUUAUGUUCUGUUUCUGCUUUCAGUUACUCGCAGAGGUGCAGAAUUUUAAAAAAAUCCAUAUGUUUAAAUCUAGUAUGGUGUACAUGGCUGCCUCCCCUGGGUAUAGGUGACAUUUUGUGGUCUGAACCAAUAUUUUCCUAGUUUAAUGCUUCAGUUUACAAAAUGGCUGCCUCAGAUGUGUGUUGGAAACAGUUACUUUUACAGAACUUUGAAUAAGUAUUAUAUUUGUUGCAUUAUAUAUUUUAAAUUAUUGACUUUUAUUGCUUUGUUUGUUUGAUAUCUGUGUUUCUCCCUCAAAAAGUUGCCCAUUAAUGUGAAGUUUUGUCUACAGGUGGAAGUUAGCACUUUCCAGCUGUUGAGGUCCAAAACAUUGUGGUAUGGGAAUUGUAGUUUUAGCAGCCGAACAUCACAAGAUGGAUUCAUCUAUCUUUUAAAAUGGGCCUGGCACAUACACAUGGUGAAGACUCUAAUUUUAUUUGCUGAACCAAUAUUUAUGAGAAUUCGGUGUGUUAGGUCAGCAAUUCCUUCUGAAUUAAUUAAGACCAAAUACUGAUCUUUAUUUGUAACUGAUACAUAGUUGUCAGGCUUUAUUCUAAUUAAUUUUGAUUCAGCUCAUAAAAUGGAUGCCUACAAGGUCUGUAGGUGACAUGUCCACUCUAAGUGCUAGCGCCAUAUUGAUAAAUCUCAUAAAUGGAACAUUUUUGAGGGAUGGUUUACAUUUUAUCCUUGUUAUAUUGGUCCUGUCUUAUUUCUGUUUGUUAUUUAAAUUCACCCAAUUCUAAGUGAUUUGUUACCUUCUGAACAAGGGCACAUCGCAUGUAACCAGCAACUAUAAUAUAUAUCCCAAAACAUAGCUGUGAGAAACCUAUGAUGGCUUCCCCCCUUUAGACCAUACACCAUGUUAAUGAUUGGCUUUAUACUGGCAAGUUUCUCACCACUUUGGCCCAUAGUGUAUAUAGCUACCCGUACAUGAGAACUUGCCAAAUUGACCCAUUUUCCUUAACUUUACAUACAGUAAUUAAUUCUUAUUACUCUUCACAUUUGACAGCAGACGAAUGGUUUGGAAACCUAUAUCCACUGAUGUGGAUAAAUGUCAGCUGACAACAAUAAUAGUUCUGUUUUCCACCUACCAACUCUUUUUUACUGGUUGUGCAGAGAUGAUGUUUUUGUAUUUGUUUGGAAACCUUCUGCUUUAACCAUUUGAUUAAUGCAAGUUGUAGACCGUUUUGAAGUUGGACUUUAUUUGGAAUGUUUCUGGGUACGUGUAGGGUGUGCGGAUUUUUGAAUUUCCAGUUUGAUCUAUGCAUGCAGCAUUUGUGCGGGAUAACUGUGUUAACUUCCCUUAUGUUGAUCUGAAAGAAUUACAAAGUGAGGCGGGUCCUCUAACUCAGACAGGUUUAUGUUACAGUUUAUAGUACAUUUUAAGCAGGUUGAAGAUUGUUUUUUUUAGUGUCAGGUUUAACGCCUGUAUUUGUUAUUUUAAUUGUUAGAAAGGAUAGAAUAGGUAUAAACCUACUGGGUGCUCACCUUUUUGUCAUUUGAUUGAGCAACAGUGUUUAAGACCAUUUGUAGGAAAGCACAUCGGACAUGAGUGGAGUGGACUGCUUAUGCAUGAAAUGGUUUUGAUUUUGAAAUUUGUAUUCUGAGUAAUUAAAUUCCUGAUGUGUUACAUGCUAAAUAUAUGGCGUAGUUUGUGCCCUUUUAAAUUUGACAUAAUAGCAAUUUUAUAAUUGGAUCCCAUGGAGGAGGAGGAGAGUGAAUAUAACUUAGAGCAUCUAGAUCUUCCUAUUUUUCUUGUUGUUUUUCACUAUUAAACUAGUUUACGAUUGCCCUGAAUUGAUCAGGAAACUGAGCCAUUUAUUGUAAAUAGAAAAGCAAUUCCUAACGUAUAAAACAAGGAACUUUUUAGGCCAAUUUAAAUCGGUCUCGUAUAUGUUGGGCAAUGUUGUCAUUCCCUCUUUGACUGAUGUAAGAAGACAGUGAUGCAGGCUAAACCAUACUCUAGCAAUCACAUCUACAGCAACACUACACAAAAUAUAAGGAAAUGGUUUUUCUUGCGUGUUAUAUAAUAUGUUGCAUUUUGUUCAGUCCUAACUAAAAGAAAUGAGUUUUAGAGCUCAUUUUCGGUGGUCUGUAUAACUGAAGACAAGAUAAAAACCAUUGCGUAAUCAGAACAGGAUGAUCAACAAACACAAAGAGCUACAUUACAUGGAUAUGAAUAUGUUGCUUAAGAUCUAAAGAUUCAGUUCCUCUGGUUUUGCUAAUAACGGUUUAUUGCUGUUGUAAAUAGUGUAAGAUAAACUUAUAUUAAAAAGGUCCUUGGGUUGUUGAGCCUAUGUGGAUAUAACGUUUUGGAGCAUGGAAAUAAGAUGCAUGAGAAUAUCACUUAGGGAAUGCUUCAUUCAUGAGCAAUGUAUGCUCUGUACUCACUCUAAGCACUACAGGAAACUUGGGCAAUCCGUGACGGUAGAUGCUAGAUUCAAGUGGCCUAAGGGACCUUUUAUGUCAGGGGGAGGAGCCUCAACACAAGGGGGAGGAGCUAGGCCAGCGGGAUAGUUCCUCUACUAUCCACGCCACCAACUAUUACCUUUAGUAAUCAGGUAGCGUCGCUUCGCUCGCCACCGAGCCCGAAGCGUGGCGAGCGAAGCGAGCCCGCAAGGGUACUGUUCGGGUACCCUGUUCAGCCGUAGCUCCUCCCCCUGGUGACGUGUCUCCACCCCUAGUGACAUCAGAAGGUCCCUUCUUCCACUCCGAUUUAGAACCAACCAAUCCGUGACACCUCUGGUAAAUUUGGAAUUACUAGCCCCAGCACACUUGGAGAUGUGACUUCCUUAUCAGCUGGCAACCCUCCGGUUACAUACUGACAGCUUAAAGCUGUAAUUUGCAUCGAGCAGUCCUGUGCCCCAGACUGUUCCAUUGUCCACUUCAGCAGUAAGCCGCUGCUACAGCCUCUGUGCGGCCUUCACACGCACACACACUUCUAAAUGUACAUGUUUUAUACUUUCAUAUAAGGGAGGAGAUAACCUUUUGAAAUGCCUUUUUUAAUCAUUUGGAGCAAUUGUUAUGUUUUGUGUGUUUUUGCACUGUGAUCUGCCUUUCUUAUUUAUGAAGAGAGAAUUUUUUAAAGGUUCCUUUGUACUUCAUGUCUUAAUUUCAAUAAAAGCGUGAAUCUUUUAGAA